GAGAGGAAAGAAAUAAAAAAACCAAAGUCAGAAGUUUAAUACCAACCAGUCAGAAGAGAAUGAGAAGCUUGGUGAAGAAGCUACUGUGGUGCGGAGCCAAGAACUAUGCUUCUUCGAGAACAUCGGCAUUACCAGAGGAAGGGAGAGUUCGGGUUUACGUAGGUAAAGAUGAAGAGAGUCAAUGCAAGCUAGAGGUUGAGGCUAAUUUGCUAAACCACCCAAUGUUUGAGGAUCUACUAAGGUUGUCUGAGGAAGAAUUUGGACACUCGUACGAAGGAGCCUUAAGGAUUGCCUGCGAGAUUGAUGUCUUCAUCAAACUUAUCAAUCUACACAAAACAACUAAUCAUCAUAACCCUUCCCUUUGCUUUACCAAUAAUUCCACUAAAUUAUCGUAG